GGCUCUCUAGCAUUUCAUGCCAUUUUAGACUGGUAGCUUUUCUCUGAAUACUUCAUUUUGUGUUGUGUCAUCUGUUUUAGCACAGGUACACACAGAAAUGCUGAUGUUUGUAUGUAGUGUUAAGUGUUUAAGGUAAAGUGUGUUAAUUCUGCACCCCUAGUGACACAAAACAGAAUUGCAGUCUGUUUGUUUUGCAUUCAGAAUGGGCCAGAUUUAAAGGGACAGUGCACCCAAAUAUGAAAAUUCUUUCACCCUCAAGCUGUUCAAAACCAGUAUGAGUUUUAGAAAAGAAGACAUUUUUAAGAAUGCUGGUAACUUAACAUUUGACAUUAGUUAUUGACUUCCAUAGUAUGGAAAAAAAUGCUAUGGAAGUUAAUGGCUGUUUGGUGACAACAUUUUAAUUUUUGGGUAAACUAUCUCUUUAACAGCAUCAGCUCAACCAAUGGUGAAUUUGGGAGUGGGGCUAUCUGUUUGACUGAAUAAUGAAAGCUGACUGCAUUUAAAACUGUUUUUGCAUUUCUGUUUGUUGGCCCUAGAUUAUGCACACUACUCCUUUAAAUAUUUAUUCAAAUCAAACUGCUCACAAUAUAGGAUGUUCAUACUCAUGUUUGUUGAAACCACUUUUCCCAGAUUAUUUCAAUAGCUGCAUUUGUCUUGAUUUACCUCAGCAAUGUUUCCUUAUCUAUAUAAUUUAAUCUAAUAUUAAUUGUCCAGAAAUUUGAAUCAGUGCAACAAUGAAUUCUACUUGGAAUCGUUUUUGAUUCUUUUGUCAUAGCAUGAAUGUUUACACUCAAAUAUUUCAUGCAUUUUGUUUCAAUUGAGUGCCUUUACAAAUUUCAGCGUUUCAGAAUCUGCUAAAUUGUGCCUUUUAUAAUGUGACCCUGAACCACAAAACCAGACAUAAAAGUCCAUUUUUUGAAAUUAAGAUUUUUACAUCAUCUAAAUGCUGAAUAAAUAAGCUUUCCGAGAUACAACUAUUUGAAAAUCUGAGGGCGCAAAAAAAUCUAAAUAUUGAGAAAAUCACCUUUAAUGUUGUCCAAAUGAAGUUCUUAGCAAUGCACCUUACUAAUCAAAAAUUAUGUUUUGAUAUAUUUACAGCAGGAAAUGUGCUGGAAUACCUUCAUGGAAUACGAUCUGAUAAUUUUGACCCAUACAUUGUAUAGUUGGCUAUUUCUACAAAUAUACCCAUGCUACUUACGACUGGUUUUGUUGUCCAGGGUCACUUAUAUAAGAUUAAAAGGCACAAUGGUCAUGCUAUAUUGUGAAUUUAAUCACUGCUAAUGGGUUUUGUUAGGCACAACGCUCAGCGGAGUUACUAUAUUUACAAUACAGCACCGCCUCGGGUGCCUUUGCUUUUAUAAAACGAUUAUUAAUGUUUUCAUUAAAACAUUAUUUUAUUAAACUAACACAUUAAGUGUUAUACUUCCGCGUAAGAUACAGUCUCUACCUUAAAAUAAUGUUAUUACGCAACAAAAUAAAUUGCUGUGCCGUGAUGUGGUGAACAGAUGGGUGUUUAUGUGACAGUGGACCUUUCUCACAUUUCUCACGUUUCUCAUAGCGGAAGUCGUCAUAGUUGGGUAAAAUCCGAGUGAAUGGGAGAGUACCACAAAUAAAUUUUUUUGCAUUCACAUUUGCUCAAAUAGCAAAAGAAAAACGACACAAUAGUGUUUUCACGACUUUCAGUCAAAGGAAAAAAAAUGAGAGAAACUGAUAUCUGCAGUCAGAAGAGAGAACAAUGUCAAAUUUACCGUCCCUCCUAUUUUUUUGUAACAUGACGAAAAUGUAGUUUAAUACAAAGUAUAGUGUUAUAAAUGCACAUACAUAUUUUUAAAAAUCAAAAACAAAACAAAACAACAAAAAAAAGUUUUAUGAUCAUGAUGACCGUUAAAACGCGUCAUCACAGGUUUGUGAAAAGGGUCCAUUGUGGAAUUUUGCACGAAUACUUUGUCUUCCGUUUGUAUUUCCACAGCGUGAAGAUAGUAUGUUUAUGAAUGAACCGCUCGUUUUAAAAUUUUACCGGUCCACUGACGUGACGUCCGCUAGAGCAACCGCAAAAACGGAAGUUCAAUAACAAUUCUGAAGAUGGCUGCGCAUUUGUUUCUCUGGCGCAUAAGAAACCACACCUACUAUUCAAAUCAGACUGCGAGAACUCGCUGAAGGAUGUGGAUCAGCUAUGAUCGUCUCUUGACAUCAUUCAAAACACCUGACUUCUAGUUUUACUAGUUCAGUCUGCUUAGACCCCUCCUUCUCUACUGAUGCAUGUCAAGACAGACUGAGCUCCAUGAAACCAGCUGAGUGAGAACACCUGCAAACUCAACAACAGCUUCAGCUGUGAUGUCUCCCUCCUGUUAAAACCCCAGUACCUGCUAGAAGACAUGUCUGCAAGCCUUCCCGAAGAGGACCUCUCCUGUCCCGUGUGCUGCGAGAUCUUCCAGGAUCCGGUGCUUUUGCCGUGCAGCCACAGUUUCUGCAGGAGCUGUCUGGAGCACUUCUGGGAGAGCGCGAUCCUUCGUAGCUGCCCCGUCUGCAGGAGAAAAGCCUCCAAGAAAACCCCCCCUUCAAACCGGGCCCUUAAAAACCUGUGUGAAGCGUUUCUGCUGGGCAGGGGCCAGGGCAGUGCAUCUGGAUCAAACAUCCUGUGCUGGAGACAUGGGGAAAAGCUCAAACUCUUCUGUUUGGUGGAUCAGGAGCCCAUCUGUGUGGUGUGCCAAGCCUCAAAAAUGCACAAAGGUCACGACUGCUCUCCCACGGAAGAGGCGGCUCUGGACUGUAAGGACAAGAUGUCUGCUGCCAUAAAGGAGCUGCAACGUAAGCUGGAGGUAUUCAAUAAAGCAAGACAAUCUUCAGCCAUUACUUUGGAGCACAUUAAGAAUCAGACCCAGCGGGUUGAGAAACAAAUGAAGGAUGAGUUUCUCAAGCUCCAUCAGUUUCUUUAUAAGGAGGAAGAGCGCAGGUUAUCGGCACUGAAGGAGGAGGAAGAGCGCAGGGUCGAGGCUGUAAAAAACAGAGAUGAUGAUAACGCACGGAGGAUAUCGUCUCUUACAGACAUGAUCAGGGCGAUGGAGCGAGCCUUAAACGCUGAAGAUUUAACAUUGCUGCAGAAUUUCAAAGCCGUCAUAGACGGAACAUGGAGUACAUUGCAGGAUCCAGAAGGCAUGUCUGGAUCUUUGUUGGAUGAAUCGAAACAUCUUGGGAAUCUAAAGUACAAGGUCUGGGAGAAGAUGCAGGCAGUUGCACCUUACAGUCCUGUAAUUUUGGACCCAAACACAGCCCACCCUUGCUUGACGCUAUCAGAUGACCUGACCAGUCUCUGGUAUACCACCCCAAACCAAGGUCUCCCCAGUAACCCUGAGCGUUUCCACAUCAGUGCAGAGGUGCUGGGCUGUACUGCCUUCAGCUCUGCAAGCCACAGCUGGGAGAUCGAGGUUGGUGACAAUGAGGACUGGAUCUUGGGCUUGGCCAGUGAGAGUGUGAAGAGAGAUCAGGAAGUACCUGCAAGACCAGAGAAUGGCUUCUGGACCAUCUGCCUACGGGACGGGCAAUACAGGGCUAUGGCAUCACCCCCAACUCCUUUAAAAGUGGAGAAGAAACUGCAGAGGCUCUUGGUUCAGCUGAACUGGGACAGUGGAGAGGUGAUUUUUUCAAACCCAUCAUGUCAAGAAAUUGUAUACACUUUCAAACAGGUCUUUACAGAAAAGUUAUUGCCGUACUUCUACACGCAAAGUAAGCAUCCUUUGCGGAUCCUCUCCAAGCCUGUGUUGAUGUCUGCAUGAAAGUAUCAUCUAAAAUAGGGCAAUAAUCUAUUGUGAAAAAUACAAACUGUGGAAAAUUCAUCACGUAUACACAUUUGACAGAUGCUUAAAGUGAUUUACAGUUCAUUCAUCUGAUGGAAAUCAACCCCUGAUUGUGGGAUCUAGUGCUGUACUCCACUUAUUUUACUGAGCUAAAGAAGUUAUUCAGAUAUUAUAAUGCACAGAGCCUCUUAAUAAUACACUACACCUGUAUUAAAUACAUGCACACGUAUCAAAAGAGUAACAGGUUCUGCUGAAUCAGUAUUCAUCAAGUAUCAAAGUAGCCUAAAGCAGUUCUCCUAAUGUGUCUGUGCAAGCUUAUCCUCACUGCUAGUGCUAAUAAAAAUCUUCAAACUA